UACUUUGACAUUUGGAAUGCUUUUACCUCUCCGGCAAAGGGUAGAAACACACCAACAGAAACGUCCGACGUACGCAAACACACCUACCUGUUGCACUGAAGAACAUUUUUCGCGGGGAAAAAAAGUUGCGAUGACGAUGUUGUUCGCUUUUUCUCUCCUGUUACUUUCAUCCUCAGCAAUUGCCGACUAUGGCCAAAGAGCGCCAACGCCGAGUUUCACCACUACGGAAUCUUGCCCGCCAAUGGAGCAGUAUCAGUCAGAGACGUUUUACCGGUACAUGAUGCUGCACAAACCGUACGCAGUUGUUUACGGUCGAGUUCGGGUGCACUAUCCUGUCCACCAUGACCACGUGCCUGAGAACCCGUACGUCGCUAAUAUGGAAGUCAGGUGUAUCUAUUACGGGGAGCCCGUGAAACGCUAUAUUAACAUAUCUGAUACAAGAUUCCCUAAGACUAGCAGACAUUGCGAGAACCACGUGCUAGACAUAGGUCACGAGUACGUCGUCUUCAUUACCAAGAACCAAAGCAGAUCAUCACAUGACCCCAGACGACCUCCUGCGACCCAAGUGAAUUCAGAGAGAACAACGGCAUCGACAUCGCAUAGGGAUCAAGGACGAGGAUCCGAACGCGAUCAGACGUAUAAUCGAGGCCAGGGGUACGGUCAAGAUCAAGGUCAAAGAUACAAUCAAGGGCAAGGUCAGGGUCAAGACCAAAGUCAAGGUUACGGGCAGGGUGGAGGACGUGAUGGCAGUCGUGAUCAACCUUACAGAUAUAGCGGCGGUCGAGAUCAAGACAGGUAUCCGUACAGGGACCAAGGAGGGGAACCGGACCGAGACCAAGAUAGGGAUCGUUCCCGUGACUAUGACCUAGAUCGAGGUCAAGGUCAGGGUAGGGAUCAAGACCGGGAUAGGGAUCGAGGCCACGGAGGUGAUCAGAGGUGGAGCAUGGGCUCAAGCACAGAUCGGGACCAAAGCAGAGACCACGGUCAAGGUCAAGGUCAAGGUCAAGACAGGAACCAGGAUCAGAGCAGGAACCAAGACCGAAGUCAGAGCUGGAAUCCAGGCAGGAAUCAAGACAGAAAUCAAGACCCAUACGACAACCAAGGCAGGGACCAGUACAGGGAUCGUUACAGCGAUCGAGGAAGGAAUAAUAACGGUGGUCGAUACUCCAAUACAAUGCAGGAACUGGAAACCGUGUACCUGCCAUUGUACCACUUUGAAGUUGAUCCAAGGAAUAGUUCGGGAGUACUUAAUGAAAUUGCUCGACUCUGUGACCUCGACUUUAGUUAUCCCAGUGACGUCAACCAACGCAAUCCUACAUAUCGAUGUCCAGAACCAAGACGAAACAGCUGUCUUAGAUACUCCGUCUCGUCCGCUACCAUGCUAACAAGUUCAAUAUUUUACAUUUAUGGAACAGGACUGGUGGCAGCGGUGGGAUUAUUUAUGAACAGAUUGUUAUUUUCCAAUUCUUUUAUAAAUCAUUAGAGGUCCAGACUGUAUUUCUGCGAGUAGUUUGUGACCAAGUCAAAAUUUUUGUUUGCAGGGAUUUUGCUAUAAGGCUAUAUCAACCGUGCCUGAUUGCCUGAUUAGUUUGAGCUACGGUAAUCCCAAAGGAAGGGGUUUUGACAGUAAAGAAGCAACGAUAACGUACCCGGUAGAAGCCCAGUAGGCCUACUAAUUUUUUAAUGGAAACCGUCCAUAACGUGGAGUUAUGAAAUUAUAUUGUAAAAUCACGUCAGUGUUGAAGUAGCGUGAUGUAUAUAGUCACAGUGGUUUCGGCACUUUGGAUCGAGGGCACAGAAUGACCAAACUGAUUGCCUUGACCAGGUCAAAUAACGCUUCGUUUUAAAGAAGUCGUUAAGUUUGAUUUAUACGGUUAGAGAAAUCGUUAUAGGUUUGGUUUACCUUAAUACUAUAGCUUAUAAUUUUUACGAUUACAGAAGUCGGUAGUUUUGGUUAUGUAUAUGUUCAUUGCUUAUGAUGAUUUCUACGAUGAGAGGAGUCGUUAGGUUUGAUUAAUCUUUAUAUUAGCUUAUUUUUUACGAUUAGAGAAAUCGUUAGGUUUGGUUACUUCAUUAUCAUCUUAUGAUUUUUACGAUUUUUUGUUAUUAGGACAUAUUCUGUUCUGUACACACCAUAUAAUUUUUUUAAACCUUCUCUGCUUUUUUACACCAUAUAUUAUUGGUAAGGCAGCAGCAAAAAUAAAUACCGAAAUUCAGAGUGUGAAGUUAAAUGAUCUUAUACUGCACAUGUAUACUUCUUUCCUCCGGGGUAAACAGGAGCGAAUGAACGUGAACCCUAACCUGCAAAGUAAUCAAUCUUUGCAAUUUGUUAAAAAUAAGUUCGUUUGAAACUGGGGUUUCCAUGGCAGUGCCACGUGAUGGGAGGCAUGUAUUUCUGUAAUCACGCCAUCUGAAUAUUUGCGAAUGGCGUGAAUUGAUGCAGAGAGGCCCCUUUUCUCCUUGUAUGAACAAAUCACUGCAUGAAAGGUUAAAUUACGUAUUCUACGACAGCCCUUGGAGAGAUAUUUAAAGAAAGCACUGAUG